AUGUCGGUCAAAUCACUAGCUAGAAGAUAUGAAGAGAACAUAGAAAAUCAACAAAAAUCGAAUAUUGCCAACCAAGUUAUCAACAACCUCGAAAAGAAACCGGUUUAUGUCCCUGCACAGAUUGAUGGAAAACAAUAUUAUGUCAAGUUUGCACCAACUACCCCAUCAGACAGGCUAGAAAUACCCAAGAUGAAGGCAGUGGUUGGUAGCCAACUACACCAACAACAUGCCGAUGCCAACAAUGCUGAAAAAGCAAACAUUCCCAAGGGCAUGAGAUGUGUCGGUCACCAUGGCACCCCUGCAUACUCAGAAUUGUCAAAACCAGAUGUUAAGAUGAAGAUGUCCGAGCCCCAUGGACCCCAUUGGAAGGGGGUCUAUGUCAGUCCCGACCUAGAUGUGGCAAAGAGAUAUGUUCUGCAACAAGAUGGUGGAAUAUUCGAUGUCUAUGCACCUAAAGACGUCAAACUUGUCAACACCAAACAUAUGAUGGACACUCCAGAGGCAGGUGCCGUUGCCAAGGCCACCAACAGAGCUCCCCAUCUCGGGGGAAGUGAUCGACACCCAAGCCGAAACAUCGUCACUGGCAAAGAGUGCGCAGGCAGCGAUUUUGGAUAUGAGAGUCGCAUCAGUCCAACGGCUGCCGAGGAGUUAAAAUUGGUCAAGUCGGUCACACUAGUCAGCAACAAAAGAUUUGAAACCACUGUUGAACACCACGGCCCUGAACUGACGCCGGUCAUCGCAACCGAGGUGGCACCGGACUACAAGGCAAAUGUCGUACCCGAAAACAAAGUGAUGGUACAAAAGGUAGGGAGUGUGAUUACCAAUGGUGGAAACCUAGCGAUUAGCUCAAUGGGAGUGGUGCACUCUGCAAAGGGGUUGGCGUCGGCCAUCGAGAACGAAGACAAUGGUGGCAUUGCGGUGGGCACGCUUAGUGUUGCUUCAAGUGGUGCAAACCUUGUCAGUUCAGGCGCAAAGGCAUUGUCGUCAGGAGCAAAGGGUAUGGCUGCAGAUGCAAAAAAGCUUGAAACUCUCACAUCAGUCUCGACCAAAGCCACCAAAGUGGCCAAGGUCGCAAACAAGGUGGCAGUCCCUCUUGCGGUAGUUGGUAGUACAGUUUCAGCUGGAAUUGACAUAUAUGAAGCCUGCCAAGAUCCAACCCGUCGGAACAUUUCAAUGGCUGCUGUCUCCACAGUCUGUGCUGCAUCUCUUCUCACGGCAUCAGUUCUCUGUGCAACUAAAGUGAUUCCUCCCGUUGCUUUGGGUGCUACCUUUGCUGCGGUUGGUGUAGUUUCUGGUACAGCCUCGCUAAUCGAUGUCCUUACUGAUGAUAACAUUUCCAAAGAGGAAAAGAACAAGAAAUGUUUGUCGGCAGGCCUGUACAUAGCUGGAUCCUGCAUAAUUGGAGCAGGUCUGUUUUUCCCCCCUGUUGCUCCGAUUGGAGUUGGCUUCAUAGUAGCCGGUGUUGCUGUGGAUUUAUUCGCUUGA